AUGCCCCGAAAGAAAAGCGUACAAGGCGGCAUUUUUGAUAUAAAAAUAAAGGAGGAACCUUUAGACUUACCAAUUAUUAAGAUAACCCCUGACAUAACUUCGGUUUUACCCAAAAGUAGUAAAUCAGGAAAACGCUCCAAACAUAAAAAAAAGCAUAAGCAUAAGAGCAAGAAAAAGAAGAAAAAAAAUUCGAAGCAUUCAAGAAGUAGUACAUCAAAUGAUGAAAGCAGCGAAGAAGAUGAACCUAAAAAAUUGAAAAUUAUGUCAUAUGCAAUUUCUGUCUGCGAACAAAAUGUGCAAAGAAUUGAUAAGGAAUCCCAUAAUAAAAAUGUUAGUGAUGAUUAUGAGAGAUUGAAGGAACUCAAAAUGAAAUCCACUCAAAAGUAUCUAGAUAAAAUCAAUCAAUUAAAAGCUAUGUAUCAAAUAAAGCUAAGAUUGAAAUCUAAAUCUCGUUCUAAAUCUAAAACAGUUUCAAAAUCAAGAAGCAAAUCUAUAACAAAGUCUCGAUCUAGAUCUCCAUCAAAAAGUAUGCCUAAAACAAGACUAAAAUCAACUCCAACUAUGUCAAAACAAAGAUCUCGUUCAAAAACAAAGUCUAGAUCAAGGUCUAGAUCAAGAUCUAGAUCAAGGUCUAGAUCAAGGUCUAGAUCAAGGUCUAGAUAUAAUUCAAGAUCAAGGACGAGGGGUACAAAAUAUUCAAAAGAUAAUAGGUACAAGGAUAAGUGGAAUAUCAGGGAUAGUAAAAAUCGGACAUAUCGCCAAGAAUACAGAACUUUAAAUAGAAGAUUUAGUAGGGACUUUCGCAACAGUCACAACAAUUAUUAUAUGAAUAAAGGAUAUAAUUAUAGUAGAACUAAUUAUAUUAGUCGCUCCAUGAAUUAUAAUAAUAGGACAAAUAAAUAUAGCAAUAGGCAAAGUUAUAAUACAAAACGUCAUCGAUCUCGAACUCGUUCCAGAUCAAGGUCUCGAAAGAUAUCUAGAACAAGAUCUAAAACUAGAUCCAAAUCUAGAAGUAGAUCUGUGUCAGAAACUAAGUCUAAAACGCGGUCUAGGUCCAGAUCUAAAUCAAUAGACAAAUCCAAGGCUCCCACUGAAUCUAAAACCAAAUCUAGAUCCAGGUCUAAGUCAAGAACUAAAUCCAGAUCUAAUUCAAGAGAUAAAUCUAGAUCCAGGUGCAGAUCCAAUUCAAAAGAUAAAUCUAGAUCUAAUUCAAAAGAUAAAAUUAGUUCUGAACCUACUGCUAAAACCCGAUCAAAAUCUAGAUCUAAAUCUAGAUCUAAAUCAAGAGAGAGAACCAAGUCUAGAUCCAAGUCAAGGGCUACAUCUGUAAGUAGGAUCUCUGCUAAGUCUACAAGUAAAUCUAGAGCUAAAUCUAGAUCUAGAUCAAGAGCUAGAACCAGAUCUAGAUCCAAGUCAAGAGCUACCUCUGUAAGUAGGGUCUCUUCUAAGUCUAGAGCUAAAUCUAGAUCUAAAUCAAGAGAUAGAACCAAGUCUAGAUCCAAGUCAAGAGCAACAUCUGUAAGUAGGAUCUCUUCUAAGUCUACAAGUAAAUCGAGAGCUAAAUCUAGAUCUAGAUCAAGAGCUAGGACCAGGUCUAGAUCCAGGUCAAGGGCUACCUCUGUAAGUAGGGUCUCUUCUAAGUUUAGAGACAAAUCUAGGUCUAGAUCUAGGUCACGUGUGUUUAAAAUUGGAGGUUCUUCUCAUUUAGAUAUUGAUAAGAAGCGCUUAUUAGCGAUAGCUCGAAAAAAUGCAAUACACAUGUUGAAAAAUGGCACAUUGCCAGGUUCAGCCGGUUUAGAUAGAAAAGCACAAGAGAAAGUUGUGGCAGCAAUAAAAUCUGGAGGUAAAUCAGUAGAGGAGCUUACUGAUUUUUGCAAAAACCUUUCUCAAAAUGAAGAUCUUGGUGAUUUAUCUAGUGUAUCAUCUGGAGAAAGUGAAGCAGAAGAGGAAAAAGUUGAAAAACCAUUCCAUCAUCCAUUUAUGAUAAGAAAUAAUAAUAAAGGAAUUGUGAUGAAUAUUAAAAAUGCAGUUCAAUUACCAAUCAAAACACCACAAGAAAAAACAGCAGAACAAGUAAAAAAUUUACGAAUGUUGUUUCCUGUGUCCAGUGGAGCUCACCAUAGAAAAACUGAAAAUGAAUGGAAACCAGUUUCACCUUCGUCCACUCAAUCAAAUGCAGUCCAUUCAGGUGUAGAAAAUAAAAAGUUAGCCAGCUCUAAUUCAAAUAAAUAUAUACAGGCUAAGCCUAAAGAUAUUUCCAAUGAAGAGGUAAAAUCUGUUAGUAAAGCAGCAUCUGUUGAGCAAUCUGUAAAAGUAUCCUCUGAUGAAUUAUCUACAAAUGUAUUAAGUACUACUAGUGAAGUAACAUCCUCAGCCACUCCUGCUUUACCACCACCUCCUGAAUUUCCGGCUUCAUUAUUUGCAGUUAUGGAAAAUGAAAAUGAUAUGUUAGGUUCUAGAAACACUUCAUUUGGCCAAACACAAGCUGACAUUAGCACAUACUCAUAUCCGACGAAUUAUCCUCAGAUAGUUCCGCCACCAGAAAUGCCAAGUAAUUUAUGUGGUGUUUUCAAUACAGAGCCUACAAAUUUAGAUAUAUCAACAAUUAUAUCACAAAGAUUAGUAGCUAUGCGCAAGUUACAAGAAGAUCCUUCGGAUAUAAAUGCUAUGAAUGACUUAUAUAAUGCACAAAAAGAUAUGUCUUUAUGGACUUCUUCCAAAUAUCAACCUGGACAAUUUACAGGUAGCACUGAUGCUAAUAUUCUGAGUGCAAAGGAAUUGCAAUCAGGCACUCAAGCAUGGGCGAAAAGGGACCAGCUACAAAGAGCUGCACCAGUCACAGGAGGCAUGGGAAUGCAUCUCUUACAGAAAAUGGGCUGGAGACCAGGAGAGGGUUUAGGUAAAGAUAAAUCUGGGUCUUUGCAGCCUUUAAUGCUUGAGGUAAAACUUGAUAAGAAAGGUUUAGUUUCAAAUGAAGAUGUUUCUAGAAGAAUUCCUCCUCCUGUAAGACCUGCCCGAAAAGCGCCCGUCCUUUCAUUAUCAGGAAAGCAUCCUGUAUCACUUCUAGGAGAAUAUGCUUCUAAACAUAAGCUUGGUGCUCCAUGUUAUGAAUUAUGCUUAGAGUCUGGUCCUGAUCAUAGGAAGAAUUUCUUAUUUAAGGUUAAAUUAAAUGGAGUUAUAUAUCAGCCCAGUAUAGGAAAUAUGAACAAAAAGCAAGCUAAAGCCGAUGCUGCAAUAGUUUGCUUGCAACAAUUGGGAGUCUUACCCACCACAUCUUAG